UGUGCAGAGCCUCUGUGGUUGAGAUGGGGAUGCUGGUUCCGAUCCUGGAUCUGAUCCGGUCCGGAGACUCCAGCGCUCAGAGCCACUCCUGCGCCUGCCUCCUCGCCUCCUCAGAGUCGAACAGAGAGACUGUCAUGUUGGAGGGAGUGAAGCCUCUGCUGGCUUUAGCCAGAUCCUACGACCCUCGAGAGCAGCAGGUGGCCUCCUGGGCUCUGCUGCACCUCACACACUCAGAUUGGUCCAGGAGGCUGCUGGGUGAUGCGGGGGGUUUCCCGGUUCUGGUUCUGCUGCUGCAGGGCUCAGACUCAGAGGUCCAGUUCUACAGCUGCUCCGCCCUCUGCAACAUCUCUUCUGCUCGGGAGCUCCACCCGAAGCUGCUCAGCAUCGGGAGUCACUUCCUGUUGAAGUCCCUGCUGACGCUCGCCUCCUCCUCCGUGCAAAAUACUCUCUCACAGAAUGAUCUGAUCCUGGAGCAGCUGAUAGAUCUGGACUGCUUGUUGCCUCUGCAGUCACUGCUGAAGACGUCCUCUGCUGUGUGGAGAGAGUCAGCCGUCACACUGCUGUCUGCGCUGACGUCACACACACCGAACAAAGUGAGGUUUCCUCCACAGCGGGAUCUUAAUAAUAAUCAUUGUAGACAUUGUUCGCCUCUUUGUGACACUUUAAUGCAUCUGACGUCAUGCUUGCAAAACCUCAUGACACAACAUCCACUUAAGUCUGAGUUGUCGGUCAUGAUAACAUCAGAGCACGUUUCCAGACUUGUGAAGUUAUCGGGACAAACACAAAAUCCUCAGUUAUCGUACAACAGUGCGGCCGUCAUCAGCAGACUGGAAAUGACAGGAGAGACGGUCCAGCUGCUGAAGCCUCACUACGUCACCAUGCUGGAGUACCUGUCGGUGUUUCUCAGCAGCUUGGCAUAGUGACGAUAUCCAACCUCAAGACAGACGCAGAUGCAUGGUUGUCGUGUGUGUGUGUG